AUGGGUCCCGUUGCUGCGACAACCUUUGGUGGACUUUACGGAGGAUCGCGUCCCUUUUGGCAGACCGGCUUCUCGCCGCCUCCCAGCAACCCGUUAAACAGCACUGUGAUGUCAUCGCCCGAGAUGGACGUGAAACCGAGCACAGCCGUCUUUGGGGCUCUCGGCCCAUAUGGGCUCCAAAUGCCGCCGCCAUCAUCUCUUAGUCCCUACGCGGUCGCGGCUGCGGCCGCCACGAACGCUAUCGGUUUGGCCAGUUCCUCGCCAUGGGAGGGCCGACUUAUCAGCGGUCGUAAAAUCAGGUUAUGCGAAUUCAGUGCCUACUGUUUGCCGGACCCUGGCGACUCGUCGAAGCGGCAUGAGAUGGUCAACAUCUCCAGUGCGGUCACCCCGACCGACCCGAUGUUGGAGGCCAUCGACAUCUCUCAGAUCUACGACAAGUUCCCUUCCGGAAAAACCGGCCUGAGGGAGCUGUACGAACGGGGGCCGCAAAACUGCUUUUUCCUGAUCAAGUUCUGGGCGGAUGUCAGCUUCAACGUGGCCGACGAGCAGGCGGCGUUGUUCGCCGUGGACAGCAGAUACGAAAGUUCGGAAAACAUCACGAUCAGUGUCUCGACGAAGGUCUGCUCAUUCGGCAAGCAGGUGGUGGAGAAAGUCGAGCAUGAAUAUCCCAAAUACGAAAAGGGCAGGUUCAUGUACCGCAUCAGCCGAUCUCCGAUGUGUGAAUACAUGAACAAUUUCAUCCACAAGCUGAAAAAGCUACCAGAGCGCUACAUGAUGAACAGCGUGUUGGAGAAUUUCACGAUUUUACAGCUGGUCACCGCGAAGGACACCCAGGAAGCGUUGUUGUGCACGGCGUUUGUGUUCGAGGUGUCAGACGGCGACGGGUCGCAGCAUCGUGUUUAUCGACUCACCCACGGCAACAAGUGA